UUCUGUUUUUUAUUUAUUUAUUUAUUUUUCUUUAUUUCUUAAUUUUUUGUUUUGAUAUAGACAAUGCCCCUUACACAUACAGCGAAAACACUUGCAUCACGACGACCAAAGGGUCAACAAAGUUUAUUUGGCUUGUUUGAAUACAAAAUUUCAUCAGUAGAAGUCCGCACGMAACUAAAUACUCUCUGAAUUAAGUGUUUAGUUUUAUAAGCGUUGUUUUUUUUUUAUAAUUUAUAGUCGAAGAUCACAGGGAAAAAAUCCAUUAAGCGAAAUUGAAAACAUGUAUGCUGUGAUAGAAAGGUUUUCGCCGGCAGUAUCAAUGAAUCUAUAGUUUCCAUAGAUACAAGAUUGAACUCGACAGCAACUUUUUUUGUGUGUAGAGAAACUAGCUAGGGAAUGCAAAUAUUUUGCAUGAUGUGUCUUCCCUCUGCAGGCAAACAACUUUCUUUGGAUUGGAAAACAGCGGCUAACAUACUUAAUAUAUAUGAAAGCUAUAAAGAAAAAAAAGUUAAUUUGAGAACUGUCACAAUUUUGAUUUAYGUGUUAAAGAUUGUAGGUCCUUUCGUGAACAUUGCCUUAAAAUAGAUUCAGCAAGGAACUGUUGCCAUAGUAAUURAUAACUAUCCUUCAACUCUUUAAGAUUGUAUCCUUUUCUCAAAAUAGAAUAAAUGGAAGAGAUUUUUUUGUUUGAAUUGAUGUGUAGCUUGUCCGUAUCAGUCCUCGACAUUUGUUGUUGAGAUCUGUCCACAUUCAUAUACACGUACUAAGCCUAAUCUUUAACGGUCGCAGCUGUUUCUUGUUCAGCGCAAGUUAAGAAUAUUGACCAAUGCUGCAAGAUUGAAUCAAAUAACUUUGGAUACCUGUUUUCCAAAGAACUUCCAGUUUUUAAARACAACCUUAURGCCCAAASAGCCSAUUUUGUUAUUUGAUGUUGYUUUUUAGUCCAGAUAUUAUCUGGUACAUGGUACAAUGCAUGGAUUACCUGGAUUAACACCAUUCCUGUUGUUUCACGUCGUUAAGUGCUCAUUAUAAUACCAUAAUUGUAUAUAGGGUGUCUUUUAAAUCACUGUAAUUAAAAAAAAUGAAUCUUACGUGUAUUUGAUCAAAMGAAAUCUAACGUAAGGCACGAUAUGGUCCACUACUGGUAUAAGACACUUUUUUCUUCUGGGCGAAAUUCACGGGAUUUUUGCAUUCAAUAUCUUACUGGUAUUGUGCAGUUAGUCUUAGAAAACUUUAAAGUUACGGAAACAAUGCCUUCCUUUGAAUACUAACCACCUCAUUGACCAUCUCAGGUUUCUMUUAUUUUUCAAAACCUUCAGUCAUUCGCUUGCCAAAUAACAAAAUAGCUUUAUAAGAUAAAGUCAUUUUUCUCCAAAUCUCGAAAGGCUUCGCAAUUAUAUAGAUCUAGAGAACACUUAUAUUUUUAUGGUUGAAUAGAGUCAAUUAAAGCCUCUUUAAAAGCUUACAUCAGACAAAGCCAUAGUUUAAAUUUCUUAUCGCAUUGAUGUUAUUUUCUCACGAUGGUAGAUUAAUACAAAUCAUUGACAGAGAUUGCUUUGGCAGUGUGAACUGUCUAAGGAAGAGAGAUGAAGAGAGCUCGUCAACUCCUGGUGUUUGUUGCUUUUCUUUUAGCUUCAGGUUACUUGAACGCUUCACCUAGUAACAGAGAUCCUCCGCCAUCUGUUAAGGAUGAUCAAGGUCAAGAUGAAAUAAUAAUUGAUGAAAUGAGAAUGAAACAAAGUCAGUUCCACAAGGACUCAAAAACCCGCCAGAAGCGUAUGGCUUGGAGCACCGAUUACAUAUGGCCAAAAAGUGGAUCCACCGUUACAAUCCCAUAUACCACUAGCGGUGUCAAUGAUGAUGUUAUAAAAAGAGCAGCGGAGGUCUUUAAAAGCAAGACAUGCAUUCGAWUGGUCGAAAGAGGCUCAGAAAGAAAUUAUCUUGCGUUCCAGAGUGGAAGCGCAUGUAUAACUGACAUUGGAUAUCGGGCUUCUGGAGCUCAGGCUGUUAAGUUAAGGAGAAGCUGCGCUAAGAGCAAAGGAAAGGUAAUGCACGAGAUAAUGCACAGCCUUGGUUUUAUGCACGAACAAUGUCGUCCAGACAGGAACAGCUAUAUCACCAUCCAUAGCAGCAACAUCCAGUCAGGUGCUGAGAGCGAGUUUGCCAUACAAGCGGAAUAUAUUGACCAAGGCAUUCCUUACGACUGCGAAUCUAUMCUGCAUUAUAGAGGUAACGCAUUCUCCAAGAACGGACAGGAUACAAUCACCUCUACGUACUGCUCUACUCUGGGAAACGAUGAUAAAAGGUUAUCGCUGCUGGACUAUAAACGCAUCAAUAAAUUAUACGGAUGCGACGAUCCAACCUAUCGUUACUUCACGGUUAAAGUCACAACAGAUGACUCAUGGUUGUCUGGGACCGACUGCUACGUCUACAUGAAGCUUCAUGGCAGCCGAAAAACGUCGUCUGAGUUUGAACUCGAUCUAGACGAGUCGGGCUCUUCAGAUCUUUUUGAGAAGGGAACGUCCCACACUUUUAAGCAUAUGGUCUUCCGAGACGAUCUUGGGCCUGUCACUGGGAUCUCAAUCCGAAUGGUUGCACAUGGAUCAGGAAAAGCCUGGUGGCCAAAUCUGUUCGUCAUCACUGAUCCUGUCAAUAAUCAAGUGGUCAAGUUUGGCAAUACCAAAUGGUUGGAACCUCCCUCAACCUAUGGACCAUCAACCUUCCCCAGAAAAUAAGGGCGAAUGAGGCGUAAAGUGUUUGAUAUGCUCGUUACAGGAAAGGUUUUGCAAAACGUGUUUCCCUAAYCCUAACCCCAACCCUAACCCUAACCCUCCUACACAUGUAAUAGAAUGGGUUUUAUCGAUCAGAAAAUACAGUAGUAUUAUGUAACUAACAAACCAGAAAAACGUACUAAGAACUUUUCAAUCAAAUAACUUUAAUGUUUAAACUGAACAGACACAAACAGAACAGUAGAAAUGUGCCACAAGUUUUUAAAAACUUUAUUUCUGAUUUCCAAAACACUAUAUCUUUCAGAUUAGGAAUUUUUAAAAGAAUAAGUGACUGUCCAAUAUGGCCUUAUAAAGGAAAUACGAGCAUAUCUAACUAAAAGCCUCCAUACUAUCCAUUCUUUGUGACGUGCAGUUCUCAAAUGUUAAGCCGUUUAUUUCACGUCGAUGUUACCGAUGGAGUGUACCUAAAACCGUUUACUAUGUUCUUUGACCAUUGACCGUUUCUGUAUUGUGUAGUGAAUAAAGUCAGCUGGUACUGAUGGUACUGAUGA